AUGGAAGCCCGAGCCCUAGGACGACUCCUGGACGAUAAGAACCAUUCCAUCUGUCUGAACUGCAAAUCCUCCAAGCUUUUCCAUCUCAUAUUCUGGAUUGCAUACUUAAUCUUCUUACGAGCCCUAAACUUUUUACCUUGCUGCAUCAAUCUCUCACCAGAAUGGUUCCAAGCGCAUAUUACAAGAGUCGAGUCCCGCAUUGUGAACAUCGUUAUCUCAAUCAUUCAGAUAAUCUCCGGCAGAGACAUAUCCUAUUCGUCCUUCUCCAAGAACAAUUUCCGAGCCAGCCGUCAACGCGAUGGGAGCUACGAAAGUAGUAUCAUGUCUACAGGUCUAGCAGAAAACCUCAUGACACCGGGCGACAGCUCCCUUGAAACCAACUAUAUACCCCCAGCAAUGUUCGUCCAUCAACCGGAUAUAGCAUAUCUCCGCCCUCGAGCGCCUCGACCUCCUUAUUUUCGUCGCAAUUAUGAGAAUUCCCCACGGUCGUCUUCAGUAAGAUCGCCCUUACCAUCCCCCAUCCACGCCAACGGGGGUGGUGGUGGUCGUCGAAACGACAACAACAACAACCAUCGCGCGAUGAUUCAGUCACGCAGUCUCGAUGGAACCGUAUCACCGCCCCCAUUCGCAGAGCCGAUUCCUCGAAUACCUAUUCCACCUAUACCAGCCUUCAUUGCUCGUAUGCCCUUCGUAUCUGUCAGCGACUCCAUAUAUUCAUCGUCUUGCUCCACACAACUCCCGGCUGCGUCCUCUGAGGCUCAGACGUAUAUCGACCUACUACCGAGGCGCCCAUUUGAGGAUUCUGAUGGUUCUCGCCAUGUGAAUGUUUCCAAUAGGAAUGAUGCUGGAAGUGCGUCAAGUGUUCCUGCCCGUUCUAGACCCGAUGUGCACUCCGGCACUCUGGCUGCCGUGGCACAGCAUUAUGCGCGAAUGAAUUAUAGACGGAGCAGAAAUGUGAGAUCGUCCUCUGCGCCGGUGACUCAGAGUACCGUAAAGGAUCCGAAGCUAUGA